AUGGCGAAUUCAUCCAACACUGCUGAAACAUUUCAAACCGCUCUUGAUCCGUUCAUAAAGCCUCGGGAGCAAGUCAACUACAUCCGACGGGUCUUGGCUCUUCACCUUGGGUCCUGCUCCCAUGAUGGCCCAAUCAAGCAGCCUGUGUCCCUGACAGAUACAGCACACGAUGUGAACCUCGAUCCCGACUCUAAGGGAGUAUACAGAGAGUACAUUGAGGCCCUCAAGGCCAAUAUGGAAGCACGCCGGAAAUAUGACGACAUUGCCCAAACCAAUGUUUCCCGACCAUCCUCAUCACAAGAAACACCCUCCAACGGCAGCGAUUUACUAGAGGAACGAGUUGCACUCUUAAAACUUCAGACGAAACAAGAGCGGCUUUUAGCAGUCCAGAAUCACCUCGAUCUUCUCAUGCAGAAACCCGCUGCUGCCCCCGAAUAUCUUGACCCUGAAGACAUGUUUCAUGAGGCAGCCAGUCUCCCCAGAGUACCCAAGGAAGUUGUGAAUGGGCUGGUUGCGCAGCAAAGCACGAAGAAGCCUGAUCUGACGGAACAAGUUGCCCAACUGGAGAAGACGGUUCUGAGGGCAAAGCUGCUCUUACGGCGGGAGGAGCAGCUCCUCCGCGAAACGAGGACGAAUGCUCAAAACAUACCGGAUGUGAUCAGUAAUGGCACAAGGCUGCAUGCUCUAAACACGACUCGCAAUGAACUCAUCUCCUGGAUCGAGACUGAGCUCGGAAAGGCAUCGACGGAUGAAGACGGUGAUGAGGACGCCGGGGGUAGCGCCAGAGGUCAUGAUCGAGCAACUUCAGAUCAGGCUUCGAUAAACGCCCAACUCAAUGCCAUCAAGGACAAAUACGCCAAGUAUCUCGCUGCUAGGCGAUCCCUUCUCUCCACGGUUGCCGAGCGAUCUGAUUCAUCCGCGGCACCUGUCCUCGCGCCCCCCGAGUCCAAGCAGCAAGUGGGUGAUGCUGAUCCUGUGCCGAGCACCUAUCUCCUCACGCCAUACAUCGAAUAUCUGCUCUCUCUUUCUAGGAAGCAAAAGGUCAUAAUCACGCAAAAAGCCCAUAUAAAUGCGACACUGAGCAAGGAAGUUAAGGAUUCCUGUCAGUUGCUUGGUCAUCUUGCUGAGGAGAGCCAACUACUCCCGGCCCAUGCCGUGGCGCCCACCUCUCGAAGGAGGUCAGGCUUGGGAGAAGUCCUAACCUCUACCGAGCGACCUGGAUUCACCGGCAAAGUCCAGCCCUGGGUUCUCGCAGCGGACUCAGCCAAGAUUGCAACCCUUGAAAAUGUGGCGGAACAAGUUGAGAGCGGACAACUUGCGUUGGAGGCUUCUAUGCAGACCCUGCAAGAGGUUGAUCACCUCUUGGGCCAGGGCGAGGUGGAACAGGAUGAGGAGCCUCAAGCUGACACCACGGAGGAUGACUUUUGGCUGGCAGGCUCCAAGACUCCAAGCAAGGCCAGAAAACAUACCGAGAAAAAGAAGGAUUCGGAACAGUCGAGGGAUGCAUGGUCUGGACUGCACGGCAAUCUGGGUCUUAUUGGCCAAGAGGACACAGCGUAG